UCGUAUUAUUUAACAAAUUUGAUUCGUUUAGGCAUAGUCACAUGUUAAACUAUAUUUUCGAAGGUAGAGAGAAAACGGCGUAUAGCAAAAAGCAUAUUGACCGGCAAAAAGCAUAUUGCACGGUUAUUUUUAAAAAUCUAAUUAUAGAAAUCUGAAAACCAAUAUACUUAAUGACGUAUUCUCAACAUCCAAUCAAAUACUUUUCUGUAUAACUUCCGGUACAAUCACAACAACUUGAACAAGCAGACGUUAACGAUAAAUGGCAACGAAACGAAGAUUCGCAUCUCUCGAGGAUGAAGACAGGGAAAAUCUGUUGGAAAACGUUGAUUCAAAAAACACUAAAAGGCAAACAAAUACAGCUAUUAAUGGUUUCCGGGAAUAUCUAACAGAGAAAAGCCUUCCCCUCGACUUUGAGUCUUACGAUAAUGCACAGUUGGACGACGUAUUAUCCAAAUUUUACAUGGAAAUGCGCAACAAAAAUGGGGAGAUGUAUAAAAAGACGACCAUGCAGUCUUAUCGCCAAGGCUUGCAACGGCACUUAUCUAAAACAAGGGAUGUUGACAUUCUCAAAGGUGACAAUUUCAAGAAGUCCAAAAAAGCAUUCCAAUGUAUGACAAAGGAGCUAAAAAGACUUGGUCUGGCAGCUGUGGAGCACUAUCCAGCAAUUGCUGAUGCUGAUAUGGAAAAAAUGUACAUGUUUUUCUGUAAAGAUUUGGAAAGUCCAAAAAUGCUCCAGUACAAGGUAUUUGUGGACAUAAUGAUUCAUUUUGGACGUAGAGGCAGGGAGAACCUGGCAACCUUAACAAGACAGGACUUUGCAGUACAGCCAGAUCCAGAGGGUACACUUUAUGUUUAUAAAACCCAUGAUGAACUAACCAAAAAUCAUCAGACAGAUAGUGAAAAGUCAUCCGAUGGGAGGAUGUAUGAAAUCAAAGGUAGUGACCGAUGUCCAGUAAGGUCGUUUGUAAAAUAUAUACGCCGUCUGAAUCCAAAAUGUAAUAAACUUUUUCAACAGCCAAAGUUAACAGCUAAAGAUGGGAUACAUUAUGACAACAUUCCCCUUGGACACAACAAACUGGGCGUAUAUAUGAACGAGAUAAGCAAGGCAGCCAACCUGUCAAAGGAGUAUACAAACCACUCAUGCAGGGCUACAACUGUCCACAUUUUAGAUGAGGCACAAAUUCCCAGUAGACACAUUAUGAGUGUCACUGGUCAUAAAUCGGAGGCAUCUUUAAAAACAUAUAGUGGUAAAACAUGUGAAAAAAACAAAAAAAUAAUGUCAGACAAAUUAAGUGAAAAAACACUAUGCAAAACAUCAACAGUUUCGAAACCAGCCGCUUUGUCUUCAAAUAUUGAUUUUUUGUGUCUUUCACAAACUAGUAUGACUGUAGAAACUGAGGCGAUAUCAACUACCUCAUUUGGCUCUUUCAAUUUACAGCCAUUGUCUGACUCGCAAACUCAAAACCUCAUGAAUGAUAUCAUUCCUGAAAUGGCAGCUGAUGAUGGUAUGGAUGAUGGUAUGGAUGAUUUAUUGAAAUCUCUAGAAGUUCCAAGAUGUAUACCAAAACAGUCGAACUCAGUUAAUACUGCUAGUAUGAACCAGAAAGCUAUGCCAGCUCCAGUAUUCAAUAACUGUUCAAAUAUAACUGUCAAUUACAAUUUCAUUCAGAAGAAUUAAUGAAA